UUCUCUCUGAAUCUUGCACUGCAUCCAGGCCCUGGCAAUAAAACCAUCUUAUCAGCCCGAAGCCAUCAACAGUAACCAUGCAGUUUGCAGAUGCCAAGUUCAACAGAAGCUACCUGUUGUUGUCCCAAAAGCGCUACAGCUCAGCCGUCCACAACAUGGAACAGACAAUCCUGCUUCCCAGCCUCCUGAGAGACGUGCCGUACGACGACGACGACACUCUCGAUUGUGAGGCCGCCGAGAAUAACAAGGAUCUGUACGAGUGCUACCUUCAGCUUAAAGCCAUCAAGAACACGGUGGAGAGCGGGCUCGUGCCCCACGACGACGCCAAGGGCAAGAGUCACGCAGUCCUGCAUAAAAGCCUGGAGCCCCUGCUGGAGGCCGAUCCAGAGGCGCUGUUCCACUUCCAUCUCAGAGGCCUGUUUACAGUCAUGGCCUCCCUGACAAAGAAGUCUCAGAGCUUGACGAAGAAAUAUCUGGACAUCAUCGGGGUCAGCCAUUAAGAUUCAGCACAUCUGGAGGAUAACAUCUUAAGGACAGAAGCAUGUAUCAGGAAAGCUGUUUACAGUUUAGUCGCUUUCUAAAUGUGACAUGCAAUAAAAAUGAUUCAAAUUGAAAAUCGUUUUGCUUGAGCACUUUAUUCAACUAAACAUUUCAGCUUUGAACUUCAAAUGGAAAUCCUGUGUUCAAGUUUUCUUCUUAAGAUUUUAUUUUGUAAUAAUAUUGUUGAAAUGUUGGUAACAAUCGUAAAUGUUUUUGUGAACGUGUCUACUACAGUCCAAAAAAUUAGAAAUGCUUUUCUUAAAUAUACGGUAUAUUGAUAUAAUUGAAUUAACAUAGACACACAAAAUGAUUGAAACUAGGGAUGCAUCGAUAUGUAAAUUUUGGCCGAUAACCGAUAAUUCUUGAACAUUGGAAGCUGAUACCCGAUAUACAGUACCUAAAUAUUAUAUCAUUUUAUGAUACUUGAAAAUUCAUUUUUCUCCCUGAAAAUCAUGCACCAAGCCUACUUUACAUGAAUUAAAGAUUCUUUAACUUUUAAA